ACCAGCGAUACAGCGGCAGCCCCAACAUGACGGUGAAAGAGGCAAUCGGGCUCUGUUGAAACAGACAGGGCCACAGUCGAAGAUAGCGCGAGAUGAAUGUCUACGCUCAAUCGAACUUGUGCGACAACGAUUUUGUUGUUCUCUAGGGCACUUUCUAUAGGCAAGCUGAGCUGCGUUGUAGUCAACAACGUCUUCGGAUCGUUCGGUUAUUGUCUUCGGAAAGCAGAAGCCUACGCAGGUUUCCUGAGACCCCGAAGUACGUUCUUCGAGCAUUUUUCCUUGAAGUAGAAUUCUUUUUUUACUGAAAACCAGUGGAGUUGUGCUAAUAGUUCAAUAGGUUGAGGAUCGAUUAAACAGCAAACGAAGCAUGACGGAUGCGCACUACAAAAUGUGAACUUUUCGAAGCCGCUAGUAACGCUCGAGGGAUCCUUUCUUCGUGUGUAACUUUUACGAAGCAUCGGGUUGUACAUUAUAAUGCCUGGAAGGCCCAAUUUUAAAUGUGCAACGGUUAAUUAGCUAUAAUUAACGUCUAUGUUAUCAAUAAAACGCGAAACAAUAUUACUGAAUCACGAUACGAUGCUAGCGUCAUGCAAGCUUGUGAUUAUAGUAGGAUUACGUGGAGACGAAGCCGCUUUUCCUGUUAAUUUGUUUAACUGUAGUGUGUCAAUCCCAAUGUUAACACUGUAGUUAGUGAUGUCGUGCUGAUGUCAUCUGAUGCUUGACUUCGAUAAUCAUUAUGAUCUCAAGCGCACUUGAGAAAACCUCCAAGCGCGUUGGCGCGCGUGAUCGGACCUCGUCCAUUCGUACCGCGGCCUCGUCACUUAGUCAUUCUACGAUCAGUGCCGACCAUCAUAUAUUAUCGAACAUUGGACAGCUGGUCAUUCUGGAAUCGAAAACCAGUACAUGAUCAUGGAAGAUCCAAAACCUUCUAGGAUCAUAACAUGUGUAUUCCGUGUUUUCGAAGCCGACAUAUGCACAGACGGAAUUAGCGAAUCACAUCGGGACUCGUAUAGCCGGGUUUGAUAUGUGGCGCGCGAUUGAAGCUCGGUAUGUAGCUAUAGAGUUUUACUCAAAGCACUACAGUGGUUUAUCGGCUGAUCAAAGCUGUAGCUUCAAAGAGCAGAUGAUGACUUCCAGAUGCGUUCCACUAAGAUGGCACAGAUGGCAGUUUCAGCAGUUCGAAGAUCGGCUCUGGCAUUGCUAACGGGAUUCUGGUUAGCCUUAGUGAUAUGGACACCCUCCAAUGGCGAUCUAUUGGUGUUGCAAAGCAAAAACUUAAAGUUAGUUGAUGACAAUGGUCUGCGCGGCACGAACUCUGCGUUUGCCGGCAACUUUCCACAACAGAACAAAUCACUGAUAGCUAAGCAUGUAAUUACCGAUGUCGAUAUUGCACGAUUGCGACGGAGAGCCUUACCGUUAACCGAACACGGUCAAGAGAACUCCUCGGAGAGGCAUCGCAUUGGGGAACCAACGUCUUUUCGUCGUCGGAAACCAACCCAAGACAAUCGGCGUGACGAUAGUACCCGUAUAGCUCCUCGUAAGGUCAAAGACGAUAUUCUCCGAGUGAGGGAUGCUUUGCAAGCACAAAUAUCUACGACGAGGGUUCUGCUCGACAAAACGCAUGACGAAGCCGGCAGGUAUACAGGAAAGCCAAAACAAUUCGUAAGAGAAGUAAAUCUCACCCAAGAAAGAUCCGACGAAGAAAGCAGUGACAGUAACAUCCUUGACGAGGUGUUUAUUUCUGUUAAAACGACAAAAACUAAUCAUCGAACACGGUUGCCUCCAAUACUUCAAACAUGGUUUCAACUCGCACGAAAUCAGACAUAUUUCUUUAGUGACACUGACGAUGGUGAAAUCGCACGGGCCAGUGGUGGCCACUUGGUGGUAACAGGCUGCCCGAUCGGUCACUCUCGGCGAGCUCUAAGCUGUAAAAUGAACUCUGAAUUCGACGUGUUUGCCGCCAGCAACCGCAGUCAAAAAAAGUGGUGGUGUCACUUCGAUGACGAUAAUUACGUAAAUGUGCCUGCGCUGGGCAAAGUUCUAAGACGUUACGAUUCUUCGCGCGUCUGGUACCUGGGUAGAAACUCCAUUAUGAGGCCGAUCGAUCUUAACACCAAAGACUGGGGGUCAGUUCGGUUCCGUUUUGCGACAGGUGGUGCAGGAUUUUGCAUUAGCCGCGCGUUGUCCGACGCACUGGUGCCUUACGCAUUCGCGGGUCGUUUAGCCCAGCUCUCGGAUCGGAUCCGUUUACCAGACGACGUCACUGUGGGCUUUCUAGUCGAGGUAAUAGUGGGGGCGAAGCUCACGGUUGUACCUGGAUUCCAUUCUCAUCUAGAGGAAAUGAAGCUUCUAGAGGGUCCUCUCAAAGAUCAAAUAAGUUUGAGUUAUAUGAAGAAAAGGAAGAAUUUUGUUGGGCUUGAACAGCGUUUACCAAACGACCCAACUAGAUUCAUUUCUAUCCAUUGCGUGCUUUUUCCUUCGGAGCAUCUCUGCACCCGACUGCAAGCGAAACAUAGUAACUAACGCGUGACGGCUGUCUCUGUGAAAUAAUAACAUCUGCGCUAUGAACAGCUCACCUUUCGAUAAUGAUAGUUCCGAACUUGAAUUGUUAUCGAUUUAUUACAGUUAAAAAUUAGUUAAUAUGAUAAUAAAUAAUUGUUAUUUUUAAUUAAAUUUAUGAUAUUUCAAUUAUUUCAUAGAAAUGGCUCGUGGCCAGCCAACUAAACAAUGAAAUGGAGUCUACUGGAGAAGAGUCUACUAAACGAUCAGGAUGGCUGGCUAUUGAUUGAAACGAAAUAGUUGAAUUUCCAAAAAAUAUAUUAAUUUCGCUGCCGUUGCGUUCGCUAACUUACGUACCGUCUCAAUAAUAUAGUAGUAAAAACGUGCCAGUCGUCAGGUACAGGAAACAGGAGAACAUGACUCUCGUUUUUUGCUACAAUCAGCUAUCUGUUGUUAUCAUCGUCGUCGUCCUCACUACCAUCGUUAACUAUUAGUGUGUUAUUUGUGUAAACAACGUGUACGUAUCUCAAUGGACAAGAAAGAGUAUCGUGAAGGAAAGAAAAGAAAAAAGCCUAAAUAUCGAUUGAGCGUGUGUCUAAGUGAUAGUUAGGGGGGUGUAAAUAUGUACAACUGUUUUUUGACCGGAUAUUUAUCUAGCACUGGCGCUUUGAAUUAUGAUUUUUUGUUUUAGCGAGCAUUGAUAACUCUACUAGCAGAUUAUUUCCUAUGAGACACUGUGUAUAAAAAAUGCUAAAAUUUUUCAAAGCUUAGCUUUGCUAUGCUAUUGAAAGUGGCUCGAUGACCUUUUUCCUGUCAUCCUAGAUGAAAAGAAGCCUUGAGACGUGCAAUAUUGUAACACAUUUUCCUAAAAGGCUUUAAAUCCAGCAGAAAAUUGCACAUUUUGUUUGCACUUAUUGUUAUUACAUACUGUCAGUGUGCCGUCCGUGUUGGUGCCAAUUGAAUCGGGAGCCAUGUCAUCCCGGAACGUAUGUUUCGUAUGUUUUUCAAUACAAAAGAUAACAAGUUCAAAAUAAAAUACCCGCGCUGUGUGUUGGCCCCGCGACUUUUAAAUUUCGUAUCAUUUGUACACG